ACCUACUCGUUAGCUGUACUUUGACUACAAGAAUUUUCAAUCGGGGGCGGUCAGGAAUUUAAUAAGCUGAGCUAUAUGAAUGCUCAGAGUGAAAGUUUAACUCAGGAUCUACUAUGAUGAAUACACACGCCAUGGGUUACCAUGUUGUAAGGACACUUCGGCGUUAUCUGGGUGUGAAUUAUGUACUUUGGAAUCCUUCUGUAAGCGUGGGAAUCGGAAGUUGGAGAGAACUGCCCAGAAAAUAUUGCACUAAUAAACUAAACAUAUGUAAGGACUUAUUUUACUUAAAUUCACAGAACUUACUAGUUACUUGCUGUAAGAAGAGAUUAAAAGUGUCAUUAAGAUGUUUUUCAGUGGAUCAGACUGGCAAUGAAAAUGGCAAGACUUCACUGAAACAGGGCUGUGCUGCAGGUAACGAAGAUCCGAGUUUAGAACCACCCUCAUCUGUUGGAGUGCGUGACUCUAGAGUAAGAAAACUUGUGAGGACUCCAACCACACAUCAUAACCCUGAGUCUGAGUUUGAAAAGGUUGCUGGAGAUGACUCAUCUAGAGGGCAGCAAACUCAUGAACAAUUUUAUGAGCUGCUGCUUAAGUGUUCCUCACCUUCUGAUGUACUUGACCUGGCAGGAAAGUCCAACUUGAAUCCACAUCAACUUAGUAACUGUUUCACCGUCAUGUGGGACACCAUUAAAAAGAUGUCAGAGGAGAAGAGAUGGUAUGAGAAAAAAAUCAUGUUUGAACACCCCGUGUUUGAGCAGUUGUGCGUGAAAGCCAUGCAGGAAGCCAGGGGAAUGCAAUGUGAUGAUUUGGCUUACACCAUGCUUGCUUUGGUGAAGCUUGGCACAUCAACUCAUAGCAGGUUAAUUCAGAUGCUGCUAAGGGUUUCACAGGAAAAACUCAAUAAUUUUCAUGAGCGUGCGCUGUCUGUUCUGGCAAGCUGUUUAGAAGAAAUGGAAAGCAGUAAGAAUGUAGAUGCACUGCGAGCUGGCUUGAGGAUACUGAUAGAACUACGGGUUGCACGUAUUAAAGGCGUUCUUCCAUUGCAGACAUUGAUGCGAGCAGCUGGCAGCGAUGCUUCUCCAGCUCUGAAAAAGAAAUUUGAGGCCAAGGCACUAUCCAUGAUGGACCAGUUCAGCCUCCCAAAUACCCAGUACAUGUUUACUACACUGGCUGCAAUCAAUCUCCGUUCUUUUCCAAUCCUGAAGGCCUGUAGUGACAAGAUUGUGGGUAUUCAUCAUCUUAACAGUGACGUGAAAGCAGAUCAGCAGGUAAAUAGACUUCGUGGCUACUUUAGAUACAAAGAUAUAAAUGUUUCACCUUAUUAA